GGAGGCGCACGAGUCACGACGACGCGGAGGCGCAGCAGAAAGGGACGGCACUCUCUCGUGAGGCGAGGAGGCGGAGCCAUGGCGGCGUCGGCGAAGGGGCGGCUCGUGCCGGUGCUCGCGGUGGCGGCGGCGCUCGCGGCCGUGCUCCUCUACCGCGCGCCCUUCUCCAAGGUCCCCGGGAUUCCCGACAGCGAUGGAGUUUGGGCGGCGAAGGGUGCAGCCUCCUCCCGCACGACCACUUCUGGAUCGCCAGCGAACGCGUCGUCACGCUCGGCCGCGUCGGACCCGCCGCAGUGGAGGUCAAAGGGGGCCUGAUCAACGCGAUCGCCGUCGGGGACUACCGCAACUUCGUGCUCCGGCGGCCGCUCCUCGACUACGGAGACGCUGUCAUCAUGCCCGGACUCAUCGACGUGCAUGCCCAUCUCGAUGAGCCUGGACGCGAGGAGUGGGAGGGCUUCUCCACUGGUACAAGGGCUGCUGCUGCAGGUGGGAUAACAACGCUAGUGGACAUGCCACUCAACAGCUUUCCAUCAACAGUUUCUGAAGAAACUCUCAAGCUGAAGCUCGAAGCAGCUCGGGAUAAGCUAUUUGUUGAUGUAGGGUUCUGGGGUGGCCUUGUGCCAGAGAACGCCUUCAAUCCAAGUGCUUUGGAGAGCCUCCUAAAUGCAGGAGUUUUAGGACUAAAGUCUUUUAUGUGCCCCUCAGGCAUCAACGACUUUCCCAUGACAAAUUCAACCCAUAUCGAGGAAGGAUUGGUUACACUGGCAAAAUACCAGAGACCUUUACUUAUCCAUGCUGAACGUAUACCUGAUGAUGAGGAUGAUGAUGGACUCGAUGGUGAACUAGAUCCUCGAUCCUAUGCGACGUAUCUGAAGUCUAGACCACCAGCAUGGGAGGAAUCAGCUAUCAGAGAUUUGCAACGUGCGAUGAAGGACACAGAGGCAGGGGGUCGGUCAGAAGGAGCUCAUAUUCACAUCGUUCAUCUGUCAGAUGCAAAAGCUUCCCUUGAACUUAUGAAGGAUGCUAAACGCACUGGUGCAAGCGUGACUGUAGAAACAUGUCCUCAUUACCUGGCAUUUUCAGCUGACGAAGUUCCAGAUGGGGAUACUCGCUUCAAAUGUGCCCCUCCUAUACGUGAUGGCAUGAACAGAGAAAAUCUUUGGAAAGCUCUGCUCGACGGACACAUAGACAUGUUAAGCUCAGACCACUCACCAUCAGCUCCUGAUCUCAAACUAAUGGAAGAAGGCAACUUUUUAAAGGCAUGGGGAGGUAUAUCAUCAUUGCAGUUUGUUCUCCCUGUGACAUGGUCGUAUGGGAAAAAGUACGGCAUUACUUUGAAUCAACUAGCCGCAUGGUGGAGUGAAAAUCCAGCUAAGCUUGCAGGGCAAAAGAACAAGGGAGCUAUUCUGCCGGGAUACCAUGCUGACAUUGUAGUAUGGAAACCUGAGGCACAGUUCGAACUUGAUGACAGCCAUUCUGUGUACCAUAAACACCGGAAUAUUUCUGCAUAUUUAGGGAAAGAACUUUCUGGUAAGGUCCUGUCUACUUUUGUGAGAGGAAAUCUUGUGUUUGCAGAAGACAAGCACGCAAAGGCCGCCUGUGGUGCUACAAUCCUCGCUAAGUAAGAUCGCAGCACAAAACGUAUUCUAUCUUUACGCGUUGAUUCAUCUUCCAGCAGGUACUCUCCUCUUCUGGAUGUACUGCAAGGUUGUGACUUCUUGACUGAACUUGUGCAACGGAUAGAAUUUUGCCUUGAUUCCACUCUUUCUCUGGUCCUGGAUCGCGCCAGCAAGAAUCUAGAAACAAUUCGCAGAGAAAGGAGGAGGAACAUUGAGAUGUUAGAAUCUCUGUUGAAAGAUACAGCUUCAAAGAUUUUCCAAGCUGGUGGGAUUGAUAGUCCUGUGGUCACUAAGCGCCGUUCUAGGAUGUGUGUUGGUGUGAAAGCUUCACACAAGCAUUUGGUGCCUGGUGGAAUUGUUCUAAGUUCCAGCGGCUCUGGUGCAACGUACUUUAUGGAGCCGAGGGAUGCUGUUGAGCUUAACAACAGGGAAGUUAAACUCUCAGGUGAUGAGAGAGCAGAGGAAUUGGUAAUAUUAGGCUUGCUAACUUCAAGUAUCGUAGACUCCCAACUGAAGAUCAGAAAUUUGAUGGACAGGAUUUUGGAAUUGGACCUUGCCAUUGCUAGAGGGUCGUAUGCACUAUGGACAAAUGGUGUCAAACCAAGCUUCAGUGACAGUUAUAGCAGCAGCCAGUCGGAUCAGAGCAGCGACUAUUCAGUUUAUAUUGAGGGCAUUCGGCAUCCUUUGCUACUUGAACAUUCUCUCAUGGCAGAAGAUUCAACUAUAGAAGCAUCUGAAAUGCCUGUUCCAUUGGACUUGUGGGUGAAAAAGGAUGCAAGGAUAGUUGUGAUCUCUGGACCCAACACUGGAGGCAAAACUGCCACUAUGAAGACCUUGGGGCUGUCCUCACUUAUGUCAAAAGCUGGAAUUUUCUUCCCAGCCAAAGGAAGGCCUAGGAUUCCAUGGUUCGAUCAGGUUCUUGCAGAUAUUGGUGAUCACCAGUCGCUGGAGCACAGCCUCUCUACAUUCAGUGGGCACAUAUCACGCCUGCGCAGGAUUGUAGAAGUUGUAUCAAAAGAUUCUCUAGUUUUAAUUGAUGAGAUUGGAAGUGGCACUGAUCCAUCAGAAGGUGUAGCUCUUUCAACCAGCAUUUUAAAGUUUCUUGCAAGUAAAGUGAACUUGGCCAUUGUGACAACUCAUUAUGCUGAUCUAAGUUGUCUCCAGUCAGUUGAUAGCAGAUUUGAGAAUGCUGCAAUGGAAUUUUGUUUAGAAACUCUGCAACCAACAUAUCGAAUCUUAUGGGGCACUACUGGUAAUUCCAAUGCACUUAGUAUUGCAAAAUCAAUCGGUUUUGAUCAAAAAGUGCUUGAUCGCGCACAAGAGUGGGUUGAGAAGCUGUUGCCUGAUAAGCAAAAGGAACGCCAAGGUUUACUUUAUGAUUCUCUCCUCGAUGAAAGAAACCUUUUGGAGUCUCAGGCAAAUGAAGCUGCAUCUGUUCUUUCACAAGUUGAAGGGUUGUACAAUGAGAUUCGUUUGGAAGCUGAUGAUCUUGAAAGUCGAGUAGCUGCUUUGAGGACAAGAGAGACCCAAAAUGUUCAACAAGAACUAAAGGUUGUGAAGUCUCAGAUGGACACAAUAAUUAAGAACUUUGAAGUUCAACUGAAGAAUUCAAAACUUGAACAAUACAAUUCACUAAUGAGGAAAGCAGAAGCUGCCACUGCUUCAGUGGUUGCUGCUCAUCAGCCAAAUGAAAUAACUUUCAACGAUGAUGAAAACCAGAGUUUGUUUGUUCCGCAAAUUGGAGACAAAGUGUAUAUCCAAGGAUUGGGAGGAGGAACUAUGGCUACUGUUAUUGAAACUCUUGGAGAAGAUGGGAGCUGCAUCGUUCAAUAUGGAAAGAUAAAGGUUCAAGUCAAGAGAAGCAAGAUGAAAUUGGUUCAACAAGGUACAAAUGAGACAGCAACUUCCUCUUCUGUAAAACCAAAGGGCCGAACGCCGAAGCAGCGAUCUGCAGCAGCGGAGACGAACCAGAGCCAAGAUGGCAGCGUCUCUUUCGGCCCCGUUGUGCAGACGUCCAAGAAUACGGUGGAUCUGCGCGGGAAGCGGGUGAGCGAGGCGUCCUACGAGCUCCAGAUGGCCAUCGACUCGUGCAGGCCUUGCCAGGUUCUCUUCGUGGUCCAUGGCAUGGGCACCGGAGCCGUGAAGGACUGUGCCAUUGAUGUUCUCCGGAACCACCCUCGAGUGGCCAAGUUCGAAGACGAGAGUCCUCUCAACUACGGCUGCACUGUGGCCUACAUUCAGUAAACAGACAUCGCAGUUCACAACUAGUGUACAGCACUCGCUGGAAAAGAUCAAUCUAUGCAGCAGCAGCUUGGAGGGCUAUAAUGUAUACAGCCUGUAUGACAGGGUUUCCUUGAAACUCUGAAGCCAUGGCCUGGUCUGAUUCGUGAACAAGUACGUGCCACCGUGCCAGACUGCCAGGACAAAACAUGGCCCAGGAAAAGAAUUUUACCGUGACGCCUGCAGUGAUACUAUUGUUGCAUUCAAGUGUGCCUGGCUGUAGUGAUCACAAGUUCAUUGCUUGUACAAUUUUCUAGUACCCAUGUACUAGGUCACUUCAAAGGAGAAUUGACGCAUAUUACUA